AUGGUUCAGGACGACGGAUCACUGUGGGCUAAGAAUGGUGUUGAGCCAUUAACUGAGUCUCGACUUGUCAAAGCCAGUGAUGAGCUCAGCGUAGAGUUUCUGCCUACUGGGAAAAGGAAGAUGAUUUAUCAGUUCACAACUAACGGAGAAGUUCAAAUAUGGUUCCAACAGGGAAAUGUAGACUUAACACCGCGAUUAAGGAUGUUGACCCCUAAGCUAGCCGAAGAAGAAGUAGUUGUAUUGAAAUCCGAUUCACCAGUGAUUUUUCGAGUUUGUAAUGGCAGUCCCAUUAACGUUUUCAUUUUUUUCCUAGAUAUGGCAGCACUGGCUCUCGCAACCUUAGCUGUUGUUUCUUCAGUUAACUCGGUAAGUAUGAAAUUUUCAACACAUCUUGCUUGUUGAAG